AUGACUUGCUAUCUGCUUUGGUUUGAGGUGUUCUACAAGUUGCUAAAUAUCCUCGAUGACUACACAAUCAAAGGCCAGCAUUCUUACUUCGCUGUGCCUGACACAAGGGAACUUCCCAGCAUACCUGAAAGUAGAAACCUAACAGCAUAUUUUGUAGCUGUAGAUGUCAACGACAUGCUCCAUCGGUACGCUAGUAUGCGUUAUGAGCGUCGAAUCCUCAUCUGCUGUAGCAAACUAAGCACUUUAACGACGUGUGUUCAUGGGUCGGCGGCCAUGAUGUACCCCAUGUAUUGGCAACCCGUUUACAUUCCCGUCCUGCCUCAGCACCUUAUAGACUACUGCUGUGUACCCAUGCCCUACCUCAUUGGAGUAUAUUCCAGCCUAAUGGAGAAGGUGAGGGGGAUGGCCCUGGAUGAUGUGGUAGUCCUCAACGUAGACAACAACACCACGGAAACACCCUUCGGCGAGCUCCAAAGCCUGCCUAACGACGUGGUGUUCUCCUUAAAGAACCGCCUAAAGAAGGUUUCCACAAGGACAGGAGACGGCAUGGCUCGAGCCUUCCUCAAAACACAGGCCGCUCUCUUCGGCAGCUACAGCAACGCACUGCAGAUUGAACCUGAGCCAAUCACGUUCAGUGAGGAGGUCUUCGUGACCCACCGCUCCUGUGCCAUGAGACAGUUCCUGCAGAACGCCAUCCAGCUGCAGCUCUUCAAACAGUUCAUCGAUGGCCGCUUGGACCUUCUCAAUGCCGGUGAGCGCUUCAGGGAUAUAUUCGAGGUUGAGAUCAACAUGGGAGAGUAUGCAGGCAGCGACAAGAACUACCCCCAGUGGCUAUUCACUGUCAGGAAAGGGGGAGGAGCUUUCUUCAACACAGUGAGGACCAAGGCUAACCCUGCCAUGAAAACGGUCUACAAGUUUUGUAAGUAUCAUGCCAGGAUGGGGAUAAAGGAGGUCAAGAGUCGGCUAAAACAAAAGGAGCUGACAGAGAAUGGCUACUCCUCGACAGCAGACACAGGUGGCACAGGAACGGGUACCGGGAAGGAAGACACUACGGCCGGGUCGCCCCCCCUUCGCCGGCAGGAAGGACAGUGUCUGCACCUGGGAUGA